AUGGCCAAGAAAGCUAGUGUAAAACAAAAUCAAUGUACUUCUAAGAAAGCACUCGCAAGUCAAAAGACAUCUAAAGCUUCUGGCAUAAAAAAAGUGGUUUCAACUAAAAGUAGUAAAAAUUUAAACAAGAAUAUCAAAAGCUAUGAUCCUGGAUACGUUAAUAAUGAAGACUUUGAUUCUUUCAAUAAAUUAUCUUCGAACAACAAUGUUGAGGACUCUCAAUUACAGCAUACUCGCUCUUGUUCUAGAUCACCAAGACGUUCUCAACUUUCUUGUUUACGAUCACCAAGACGUUAUUCACAAGUAUCUCGAUAUCAACAUUCACAACCUCAAUCAAAUAACCAAAACACUCUUUUAUUUAAUACUAAUUAUGAAGCAGCAGCAUAUGUUGCUGAACGACCAAAGCUUCUAAAAAUUGCAAAUCAGAUGGCACAGUACGAUGGCCUUAGAAAGUCAGAUAAUGAAGAAAGAACCGAUAUUCUUACUCAACAAGAAUCAACAACAUUUCAAACAUUUUUAAAAUGCUUAUUUUUUAGAAUGCGGUAUCUUAAAACAACAAUAAUUCUUAGAUGUAUUAAAUUAUGUUUUCUUUCAAAAAAAUUUUCACAUAAAGAUAUUUCAGUCUUGAAAGGUGCUGCCAAUGCAGCAUAUCGGAGCUACAGAGAUACACUUUGA